AUGAGCUCGAACAGGGAGCUGGAAUUCUUGGUCGAGGCAAAAAUAGGCACGCCCGCUCAAUCCUUCUGGCUGGACCCAGACUCUGGCAGUUCUGACUCUUGGGUCAAGGGAAAGAAUUGCAACGGUGCAAAUUGCGGCAACGCCUCUCGCGCGAGGUAUUUGCGUAGCAAGAGCUCGACCGGCAUCAAGACCCCAGGCGACAAAACAUUCACCUUGCAGUACGGCAUCGGAGAUGUCGAAGGUGCUUUAAUCCGUGACACAUUUGCCCUUGGUGACAUAAACAUUGCCAACUUUACAAUCGGUGCGGCCACGAAACUCUCCAAAGACUUCAAGACGGACAAGGCAGACGGUAUCCUCGGUCUGGGCUUCCGCGAACUCGCGUCUGCCCACCAGAAACCGUUUGUGGACCGUGUGGCCGAGGGCAACAACUUGCCCCAGCCGGUCAUGUCAUUUGCGUUUGGACGUCACUUGUCCGGCACCGACGCGAAGAGCGAGAUGCUCAUCGGUGAUGUCAACAAAAGCCUCUUCAAGGGCGACUUGUCAUACUACGAUGUUCAGCAAUCGGGCUACUGGGAGUUCAAAUUUGACUCUUUCGCCUCCGGGACUGCCAAGGGCGUCCAAAAGGGAGCUGGAAUCGUGGAUACGGGAACGAGCUUGAUCGCAAUGCCUUCUCAGCAAGCCAAAGCCUUCUGGGCCGACGUCAAGGGCUCCAAGUAUGACUCUGCCAGCGGCACCUACACCUUUCCUUGCGAUGCAAAGGUAGAUGCUACACUCUCCUUGCCAAAUGGCAAAAAAUUCUCGUUGAACGAGCAGGACCUCAACAUCGGCACGGACGGAGCUGGAUCUAAACGCUGCGUCGGUGCUGUGCUCAGCAGCUCUACACCCGGUCAGACCAUCUUUGGCCUCGCUGCGCUCAAGAGCGUGUACACCGUGCUGGACUUUGGCGAGAAGCCACGCAUCGGCUUUGCCCCCAUCAACUUCUAA